AAGCGGCAGCACGAAACACAGGUUGAGAUAUAAGCGGCAUGGUUUUGUUGUGGUUUCUUUUGACUAGGCUUGGUCUUGGUUGCUGGACCGUUUGCCUAGCAUAGCAAGAACGCCGCCAGCUUGUGUGUGAUAAUGUUCCAGAAGUUUUAACACGAAUUUUUUACUUCACAAUGAAUCGAAGCAUCGCAGUAGUGGUGUACGCGGUGGUCGCCUCGUCAUGGUGUGCACGGAUGGCGUGGGCAGCAAAGGAAGGCGAGGUGCAGCUCUCCAAUUCAGGGCACGUUGACUUUAAUCAUCCCAUUGACGAACCUUUGGUCAUGUCGACCCUCACGGUCGGUGAUGAUCGCAAAAAAAUUCUCAUCAUAAACAGAGAGAGAGAAAGUGAUUUUGAAAGAGAAAGGAGAAGGAGAAUGGAAAUUGCUAGGGAACGAGAGAAAGAAAGUGAUUUUGAAAGAGAGAGAAGGAGAAUAGAAAGUGCUAGAGAACAAGAGCGUGAAAGAAACAAUGAAAGAAAAGAACAAAUCAAUACGACGGACCAGUUGGUCUUGAACAGACGCACCAGUGCCGAUUUGGAAAGAAGGAGGGAGCGUGUACGUCAAGAAGAAAUUGCCCGUGAAAUUCAUAAGGCCGAGGAAAGGAAAAGGAAAAUUUUGCAAGAAAUGGCUAGACAUGACUCAUUAGAAAGCAAACCUAGUUCAGUACAUGAUAAUAGGGAACGUAAUUUGAGUCAAUAUGAUUCACGGAGACAUGUUGAUCGAGCAUUAAGAGAAGGUGAUGCCCUUGAAAGAGUUGAGCGUCAUCGUGUGAGAGACACUUUGCGUGAGAGCUGGGGUGAUGGCAGGGCAGACUCAGCAUUUGAAGAGGUACAGCGGCCCCGUCACCGUGGUACCAUUCGCAGGAAACCGCCCAUUCUUAUCAUCGAACAAGUUCCGGUGAGGUACUCUGGGCCUGCUGACCAUGGUGAUUAUCCUCAGACACAUUUCAAGAAACCUCAGCUGAAUGGACACAGGAACCCUGAAACGUGGUACGAAGAGUCCUCUCUGCCCGGGAAUGGCCAUGAUUUCGAGGACCCAAAUCGAGGAAAACCAUUUAUAGACCGACGUGCACCUGACAGGCCAGUUGCUUUGCCUCGCCCAGAUACGGCGUACACUGACCGUCGCCCAGAUCGUCCUGAUUAUCCUUAUAAAUACGAUGAAAUUCACAUAACUAUUCCCGGCGACUCAACAGAACACCAAGCUGAACUAGUGAACCCAGACCACAUUGAUCACACUCUCCACGUGUUUCCGACAGAUGAUCUUCCCGAAGGCCAAGGUUCCCCUGCAGCUAGUAUAGUGCGUAGCCCAUCGCUUGGUCUGCGGGUUCCUCACGUCCUUCACCAUCACAUUCCGAGCCUUGGCGUAGGUGGUAACGCAGGCCACGCACAGCUGGCGUUGGAGCAGGCAUUAAUUGCUGAGCAGGCGCUACAAGCACAGGCUAUUCAAGCAGGUCAAAUCAAACAAGCAGCUGUAGCAGCUCAAUUAGCAGGUCACGUUGCAGCACAACACCUUACAGCACAGAAGGUUGCGGCACAAAAAGUUGCCGCCCAAAUCAUUGCCGCUGGCAGUGCAUCAGCAAACCGUAAGGCAACACAACUAAGCCAGAUCCUUGCAGGAGACGCAGCCGUCAAAGCUGCAAUCAAAACUAAACUUGAACACGAAGUAGGACAUCGUUUGAAGAAAUUGCUAUCGCAUAAAGCAGCUGGGGCAGUGUUCCCUGGGCCAGGAGUGGAGACGGAGCUGGGUCAAGCUGCAGUGGCUGCUCUGGCAGCAAACAGUUUCCACCAGCACCAAAUUUCUUCUGCGAACAUAAAUCAGUUACGGGAGGAGCUUAUACACAGGCUGACUCUCCUUAAACCAUAUUUUGAGAAAAGCAGCUCAGGAUUCGCUGUGCCUCGAGUUAUUCCAAACUUGCCCAGCGGGACGCAUCUCACUCCGCUGCAAGCAGAGGCUCUUCCAAAGAUCACACUACAGGUUCCAAAUGAAGUAGUGAAGCCAACGUCGCUGCACAUUCAUGAUUUGGAUGAGCUGCGCCCCCCACUCAGCUCUGACUACGUAGAGUACCUGCUGAAUCUUCCUGACGACCUUUUUCUCGUGGUCACCAAUCUAUCCAAGUCACAAUUCCUGAUGGCAUUGUUCCCACGCCUCUACAGGGGUUCCACUCAUCACCUGUCCUCCCCCACCACACCCAGCGCUUCCUAUCAUCCUCCUGUCUACUCGUCCUCCACCACGCCGGUGAUCCCUAACGAUUCCAGUGAUAGCCACCGAUUGCAUCCACCUUCUAGUUCCUACGGGCCUCCUCCUGUGAGUCCUCCCACCCAUACAACUCUUCAUCCCUUCACGCCCACAUACACAUAUGAACCUUCUUGCUCUUUAUUGCCAGUUACUCCAUUGCCAUCACCACACAAGAUUAACGUCAACAGAUUAUUUCGGGGCCUCACUGUCGCAGGAUUUCAUAUGAGUGAGGCGCCGGUGGUCAAUCGCUCCAUCUCCACAAUACUCUUUACCUCCACCACACUGCCUCCACCGUUGCCUUCCACUUUAGGCUUUGGUGAACCUAAACCGUCAUCCAUUAUUGGACCGAGUGACCUUUGUGGAGAUUGUGGCAAUAAGCAUGGUCAUCAGCAUCACCACAAGCACGAGCAGCGUAACCAACGGAAGCAUAGUCAUACUCACAACACUGGUAGCAACGAAGACGACACGAGCGGCCACCAGCAAAUCUAUCACCACCACGUUCACCACCACGUCCACACUCUGGAGUCCGGCUCUCCUGCCCCGUCACCAUCCACCACUGCUCCCUCCCACAGCAGCUCCUACGAAAGUAAGCCGAGCCACCACAGCACGCAUGGGCACUUAUUGAAGUCUAAGGGACUAACUCCCCGAGACAAGGCAGACUCUUCAUUUCGCCCUGAAGGGCCGAUCGUGGUGUCAACUACUGCUCCGCCAGUCUUGACUGGAGUAGGUCUUCGGCCCCACGGUAGCCAGCAGCAGUUCAUCACACCCAUAUCUCUCCCAAGCCAUCACCAGUUAUCCCCUUUGCCUGUCACUCCCUUAUUCUCUACCACAACUCCAUCUGCCCUACUUACUUCAUCGUACACGUCUUACACCCCAACAACCUCACACAGGAAUAUCCCAUCCAAAGCACCUAGCUUGCCCAUCAAUUCAUUUAAGCCAGGCAUUUCCAUCAGUCAUAGUCAUUCACUCCAAGGCGGAUUUUCUCCCUCAGUCCCGUAUUUUGCCCACAAGCCCCAGGGAACUAGCACAAUACAGCCUCCUUUUACUACCAUCCACCCCUUUAGUGUCGGCACUACUACACCAGGGCCGCACAUCCCAUCCUCCAUUACUCCUAUCUUCGGCACUGCAUCCAAGCCCACGGUGCCAACCAACUCGCCAACGUUUACCGUCACUGAGAUCCCAGCCACAACAGAUUCCAGCACCAUAUUCGUCUUGCAUCCCCGCGUUCCUCUCAACGGCCAGUUCCCUCCACUUGGUGAUGGCGUCCCAGGGUAUGAGAAAUCGCUGCCAGAUGAUUCAAUGGAGGAUACUGAUUCGAACAAUAGCGACACGACUGACACGUCCCUGGAGAGACUAACAUUGGCGUCUAAGGAAGGAAGUGACUUGGAUCGUGUCCCAGGCACCGAUUCCAACGACGACGACCACAUCCUCUCCCCAUUUAACAGAAGGAAAGGAAAUGCGACCGACGUCACGCGAGAGACUUCUCAGAACACAAGUACUGCCACGUCACCUUCAGCGACCAACCCAGUGGCUCAAAAGAAAUACCCCGUGCCUCAGCUAGUGGGCGUGGAUGGCUUGCCUCUUGUACCUCCCCAGCCGGGACUCCUCGGGCACACAUUCGGUUCGUUUCCCUUCCAAGGGAGCGGGCAGUUAGCUGAUGACAGGCGCCCCCUGACCGACGAGGAGUUACAGCUACCGGCUUACCUAAAGGAAACUCCACCUUGCGCCAGCGUCCCCACCAACAAGUCGUUCUGCCUCAUGCCGCAUGGAUAUCCGAGUGAGCUGUCAUCAUAUAUAAUAAGAGCAUUCAGCGAAGAGCUGACUGAAAUGUGGAAGAUCCUCUCGCAGAUAAAAUCUUUACCUCCAGACACUUCCCAAGGCGUGGCUGGGCCGGGCGUCAACACUAGUGCAGAGUGUGAACCUGAGGAGAAAUCAGUGGAGCUCAGCUGGUCUCGUGACGUCCUGGGUAACUGGUUCGUCAUUUUACAAACGGAGCCCUUCACCCAACCAGCUGAGGUCACGACUUGCAGUGCUGCUGCUCGCUUGAAAGGCUGCCGCCCGCUUCUUAGACCACGUCCGCUCCUUGCCCUGCAGCCUUCAGACCCUGAGCCUCGUCCUUUCCUCCUUGAGUUUCCUUUGCCAGUGGCCUGCGUCUUCCCUGAAUCUCGACCGCGUGUCUUCACUGCCUUUGAUGUUGUGACUUCUAUGGACUCACCAGCGACUCCACCUUUCCCAGACUAUGACCUAGACGACCAGGGCAGCGACGUAGUUUUUCGCCUGGCCGACAGCUCUAUAAAAGUACCGCCUAGUAAUGAAUACAAACCCUCAUAUUCAGCUGACACAUCAUUAUUCAAAAUGCAGCGACAUGCACAUCAUCACUUGACACUACCACCCAUCCCCAAAACCACCAGCAUACCCUGGACGUCACGGACAUUUUCACACAUUUCACUUUCUUUGCGUCCAGAUACGUUAGCAGAUGUGGAAGAUGAUGUCCUCGCUGACGUAAUUCUAACACAUAACGGAAUGACAGACGCUGCUUUACCCACAUCAGGCGACAUUCUACUUAUGCCGACUCAAGCAGUCAUCUUUUCUUCAAUCAUUUUGACACUUGCCCAAAUACAAUCCCGAUGUCAACUUUUGAGAAACUGAGUUUCAAGAAGCCAUAUUUUUUUUCUCUUUACUACAUACAUUCCAAUUAUUAUUUGUUAUGAGAAUUCAAUCAGCAAGGAAAACAGCUGCAAAAGUAACAACAAUAACGACUACAACAGCAAAUAAAAACUGCCUCUACUGUUAUUACUUGCUACCCCUGCUGCUGCUGCUGCUACUAUUACUACAGCUAUAACUACAACUACAACUACUACCGCUACUACUACUACUACUACUACUACUACUACUACUACUACUACUA